GUUGCCUCAGUGCCUCUGCGUUUUCUUCUCCACGCUGUUAUCUCUCGCACGCAAACGACCAGCACAGCAAAAACCACCCCCACACUUCGCUCGCGGCGCGGCGACGGCAAUCCACCGCGGCGCGCUGCCUUCGCCGGUGAUCUGACCUCUCCGAGCCCGGGCAAUCUCCUCCCGCUGAAUCGGCCCGGAGAGGAUGGCGUCCCGGCGGGGAAGCAGCAGUUGCGCGCUCUGCGAGGGAUCCAACCUGCCUUCCUGUUGUGCCUUGUGCGUCAACGCGCGGUAGGAGCAGCAUCCACCCCUCGCGUUCCGAAAUUCCGGGUUGCUCGAGUACCACACGAAACUUCGCAUGAUGAGGAGCCUCCGCGACUCCCUCCACGCCCGAAUCGCCGCACGCCUCGAAGCCAAGAGCAAAACAGAUGAGCAGAGGAUCUGGAGAGCGAGCAAAGCACACGAUAUUAUGGAGUUGAGGGAUCGGCUCACUGAAUUGAAGAGCAAAACUGCCGUAGAUAAGACCAAGGUCGAGCAGGCAUCGAGUGGUCUCAAGGCAAAAACCGCGUCAUUGAAUUUGGCUCUUGUCACGCUGAAAAAGAGGCAAGCUGAUGCAGUGGCCAUGCACACCAGUGCCAUGGAAAUUGCGCAGAUGAAUCUCAUGACAAUCACCUCAGAUUGUAUGAAAAUGCAAUCAAAAUCUGUAAAGCAACUUUGCAGAUUGUUUCCAAUGCGACGAGUUAUUAAAGAGGGAGAAAAGAAAGACAACUACAGUGGUCCGUAUGAUUCGAUAUGUGGGGCUCGUCUUCCUCGUGGUCUCGAUCCACAUUCUAUUCCAGCAGAAGAACUGUCAGCAUCUUUGGGGUACAUGCUACACUUCGUCAAUAUUGCGGUCCGUAUCCUAUCUGCGCCCGUUCUUCAUGUAUCAGGCUUUAAGGGUUCAUGCUCAAAUAUAUGGCAGCGGAGUUCCUACUGGAGUACACGACAGUCCCAGAGCAAGGUUUACCCUCUUUUUAUACCUAGGAAAAAUGCUUGCACAGGCGGUGAAGAAACCUCAUUGUCAGAAAGUGGUUCGAGUAACUUCGGAGUUGACUCUGUGGAUUCUGUCAAGAAACAGUCUUUUGGUUCCACGAGAAGUAAUAGCUUUAACCUCUCUGGUGCAUCUUCCCACUCCAUGGAGAGGCAUCAAUAUUUGCAGAGAGGAAUAUCACUAUUGAAGACAAGUGUUACAGCAAUUACUACUUACUAUUAUAACUCACUGGGCUUGGAUGUGCCAUCCAAUCUUUCUACUUUUGAGGCGUUUUCUAAGUUGCUCCAUACGUUAUCGUCAUCAAAGGCCUUUCGAACUGCUUUUGAAUUGAACAUUGCUUCAAGGUCAGAAAAGCAAGCACAGCAGCUAAACAGAUCGAUUUGGAAGUCAAGUUCAGCCGUAUCGUCGGACAGCAGUUUUAUGGACAGCAUGCACACAACCAUCAUGCACUCUAGACAACCUCCUCCUGAACUCAAACCAGAGCUUCUUGUACACCGCUAAGUUGGUGAAGCAUGGUGGCGUGCCAGAUAGCAUAUUCAACGGUUGGGACCUGGUAGAGCGUGAGGUCCUACCGCCACCGCCCUCGCGGUUCGAAGAUGUCGCGCAGUGGGAAAGAGCCAUGUAUGCUGGCACAAAAAAGAAAUGACUUCUAUUGACAAGUCUUCCUUGAAGUCCAAACUGUUAGAACACUGCAAGAGCUUCAGUUUAGAUAUGCCUCUGAUCAUCAGUUUCUGGUUCAUGUACAGUAGCAGUACAGGACUAACCUAACCCUGUGGUUGUGACCUGUCAGUCAUCUACCUGCAAGAAUGCAGAGAAGAGAAUUGUAGUGUAGGGUUUAUUUUCUACCACAUGUACGUGGGUGCAGUCCUGUAAAUUUGUAAAUGUAAAUACUGUAGCGUUUAGAAAGGAAAUUAGAUUGUCUGGAAUAAAUAGACAUUCCUUCCUAUGAGUACAACUGAAAAGAAAUUCUUUUA